GUUUCCAUUCACUCCUGUCCCUGUAAAAAGUGAAUAUAAUGAACAACAACUUCAUGAAAGACAACCUGAACAGAUGAAAACAGAAGCUGAUGGAGAGGACUAUGGAGGACCAGCACCAGUUAGAAACUCUGAUCCUAACAGACAUUUACAGCCAGAUACUCACAAGACUGGAGACUCUUCUGAAUCUGAGACUGACAGGAGUGAUGAUUGGAACGAGACCAGCAUAAUUCAGUCGGAUUUAAACUCUCUGAAUAGUGAUCAAAGAUGUAGUACUGGUGAGAAGCCAUUUAGCUGUUCCAUCUGUAAGAAAUAUUUUGCUUUGAGACAACGUUUACAGACACACAUGAGAACCCACACAGGUGAGAAACCAUUUAGCUGCUCCACCUGUAAGAAAGCUUUCACAGAGAGUGGAAGUUUAAAGAAACACAUGCGAAUCCAUACAGGAGAGAAACCGUUUAACUGCUCCGUCUGUAUGAAAGCUUUUACAGAGAGUGAAAAUUUACAGAAACACAUGAGAACCCACACAGGAGAGAAACCAUUCAGCUGCUUAGUCUGUGAGAAAGCUUUUUCCGCGAGCGGAAGUUUACAUAAACACAUGAAAAUCCACACAGGAGAGAGACCAUUCAGCUGCUCUGUGUGUAAGAAAGCUUUUUCGGUGAGUGGGAAUUUGCAUAAACACAUGAGAACCCACACAGGAGAGAAACCAUUCAGCUGCUCAGUCUGUACAAAAGCUUUUACAGAGAAUGGAAGUUUAAAUAAGCACAUGAGAAUCCACACAGGAGAGAAACCAUUCAGCUGCUCUAUCUGUCAGAAAGCUUUUACAGUGAAUGGAAGUUUACAGACACACAUAAGAACCCACACAGGAGAGAAAUCCUUUAUUUGCUCAGUUUGUAAGAAAGCUUUUAUACUGAGUGGAAAUUUACAUAAGCACAUGAGAACCCACACAGGAGAGAGACCAUUUAGCUGCUCAGUGUGUAAGAAAGCUUUUACAGAGAGGGGAAAUUUAAAUAAACACAUGAGAACCCACAGAUGAUAGAAACCAUUUAGACGUGUGGAGUAGAGCUUCAGUCAGGAAAGAGAGUAGAGAUUUGCAGUCAGGUUUCAUUUAAAAGUAAUGAGGUCUCAUAAAGUUAUUCGAGAUGCAAUACUCUGUCGGCCUUUUAAAAAAAAAAUCCAAAAUCCAAUAAUCUGUUUUUAGAAAUGAUUUUGAUCUCUUUAGCCUUAAUCUUGUAGCGCUUGGAGUAAAUAUCUUUUAGGCAGGGGAGGGCACCAUCUAUUGUAUAUUUACCUAUAGUCAUGCUUUGCAGAGACUUACUGUCCAGCUGUCUCUGUACAAAGCAUGAUGAGGCGAUGUUCCCUGUCAGGAGGCUCUUUUAUUAUUAGAGAUUAGAAUUAUUAUACAUAAAUUAGUAAUCCCUCAGUAUUUGAAGGGGAUAUCUGGAAGUUCCUCAGGCGUCUGAAACAGUCUCUGCCUUGCAUUUCUCCCCAAUUAGUCAGUAUUCAGCGCCCAGACCCUCAGUGAACAUGAACAACAACAACAUGAACUUUAAAGGUCCAAUAUGUAGCACUGACAGCUAGCGUUUAAAAUGGUUACUGCAGUCCAAAGUCAAAAUACUGGAGUCAUCUCCUCCGUUCCCUCCUUCCUAGCGUUGAACUUCCCGGGGGUUGCCAGGUUGCAAACGUCAAACCCAACGUCCUACAAGGUCAAUGUUAGCUAGAUGCUAGUCUCACAUUGCCAGACAUUACUCCACAGUGCAGCGGAGUUGCUAAAUGCUUCACUGUUGACAGUUAUAAAGAGCCAGUGUCCUUGCGGAGCUUUUUACCCGCCUGACAAUUACAUUCGAUUGGCUAAACGUAACGUCACUGCAAGAGCCGCUAAAAAGACCCCGGCCUGGCUGUUGUCAGUGUUUUGUCGGCUACGGGCCGCUGAACAGAAGCAGGGAAAGAAUUUCAAAAGCGGGGGAAUUUUCGGACCUAACGUUACUACUUUACAGACCCUGUUAUACAGCUUGUCUUUACACUGCACAUUACACUUUAUGGUUGCAUGCCAGUUUGUAUAUAAGUGGGAGUCAUCGUAUCCCAACCUUGAAGCUUGCGAUGGUAAUGUUAGCCACAAGAAUAUUCCAUAACUUUCAUUGCAGAGAGACUUGAGAGCAUAAGCUUACCAAUCCAAUAAUUCAGGCUACAGGGUUGUUUUGCCAAAGUUAAAUUGCACGUUUCCCUUAUUCGGAAGUCAAACUUGCCGUUUCUCCCACAUGUCCGUCAUGGCGGUUGGUCCUCCAGUAAUGUUAGCGUGAUAGCAUGUUAGCGUGAUAGCGUGUUAGCAUGGCUGACUUCAUAUUUUAAAUGCAUUUCCAAUAGUUAUCCAUGUUUUACCAAACAUUGAUGAUUCUCUAAGAUGUUAGUUAUAUGUUCUGUUGACUAUUUUCUUCAUUGUGUCUUAGUAAUGAUUUUCUUUAAAUGGGUAGCUAUUUGUAUGUCAUGUGCCCUUUGUCACAUUACCUGUAAAGCAUCACCUGGGGUAUGUUUAAUCUAAAAAAUGUCUGCACCAUUUUUUCUAUGCACAAAACAAGACGUACGCUGCUCUCACAAAGCCAUUCUUACAAUUAAUAUCCUACACAAACCCCCGUUUGAUCGAUCUGUGGUGAAAACCAGACAAAAUAAAAUAUCUUAAAUUCAAAUGAAGAUAUAUUUGGAAAAAGAAAACUCAGAUAUGUUCUGUAAUUAUAUUGGCAUGUUAUGGAAUUUAUUCUCAUCCAUACUAUGAUGCUGUUUUUGAUGCCUUCGUCUGGCAGAGCACGUCGCUUUAACCCUUGUGUUGUCUUCCCGUCAACCAUGAAAAAACAUUUUGGUCACUGUCUUUUCAACAUUUUUAUCGCUUUUUCCGACAUUUAUCAAUUUUUUAAUGCUUUAUGUUGUUUUUUCCCAAAGUUUUUUGAAGUUUGAGGUUUUUUUUGUCCCAAAGCACCAUUUUUUGUGACAAAAACCCCCAAAUUAACUGUAAACGGACAACAUGAGGGUUAACAUGGUCAUCAUAUCCAGUAUCAUAUUGUUUUAUAAAGUUUUUAUAUUUAUGGCUUUAGAUCCUUUUAUUGUUUUAUUGUAGGCAUGUAAGCAUGUUUAAAGCAUUGUGUAAGGUGCAACAGAAAUAAAGUGUUACUAAUUAUGUG